GUCCAGUGUGAAAACAAAGCUCGACCGUUAUGGAACGCCUCCCAGCUUCCGCCUGCCUAAUCUUUGUCACCUUGGCCGUCGGUUCAUCGGCCAUCCAGGGCGGUGUCUUCAAGGAGUUAACGACACCCCUGGGCCAGCAGAUCAUGCGGAUCGCCAAGUCGGCGGAGAUGCGCUCCUUUAUGGACACCGCUGUGAGUCCCUGUGACGAUUUCUACGGCUAUGCCUGCGGGAAUUAUGCGGCAAUAAAUGCGGCAAACUCAAAGAAAGACACCAAUAUCCGCCAGCUUAUGUUUGAGAACUAUCUGCGUCGGGUAGGGCAAGUGCUCAACGAGCCCCGGAUAAGUACAGAUCGGCCGAUGGAGGUACGUGUGAAGUAUUUCUACGAGUCCUGUCUGGACACAGCGGCCUUAAGGACGAAACAGCGAUCUCAUCUGCUCAGUGUUCUAAGGGAGUUCGGUGGAAUGCCGGCUGUGGAGGGCAAGUCAUGGGACUACGUCGGCUUUGACGCCCUCGAGAUAAUGGCUCAGUUGCUCCGCCGCUACGGAAAGUCGACUCUACUUGGUGUCUAUGUGGUUCCGGAUCACUCCAACUCACAAAUUAAACGACUUCAGUUGGGCCAAAAGCUUGAUCUCGUCGUGAGCGAUGAGUUUGCCAAUCUGUCAAAGAAGCUCGCGCUGAAGAUGCGUCUGCGGAACCUCCUGGGUCUGUCGGAGGAGCUAGCUGGAAAGACUGCUGAGGAGAUAAUCGAACUGGAGUCAGAACUAUCGCGUAGUGCUUUCGACCAUAGAAUCAACCGCGAUCCACGACUGAUGCGCCAUCUGACCUUGCUGUCUAACAUGAGUGAUGCUUACGGACCGAUCCUUAACGUGACUCGUUUUGUGACCUCCUGGUUGGGUUCCGAAUACAAUCUUCCGGUUUUCGAGUCGGUGCCCAGCUACCUUUUCCAGGUGAAGAAGAUCCUCCUGAGCACUCCCAACCAUGUGCUGGCCAACUAUAUGCUGUCCAGUCUGUUGACCGACUAUGAGAUCACGGCGAAUGAGGAGCAGCAGAAAGUGAUCUGUCACGAGCGGAUCACUGAGCUGUUUCCCGAUGUGGUGGACCAUAUGGUGUACCACUCACUAGAGCAGCAAAGUCCCCACAUAGUCAACGAGAUGAGGAGUCUGUGGGCGGAGCUGAAGGCCUCCUUUCAGGAAAUGCUUAGUUCUCCGGGCAUCGAAUGGCUGGAGGAGCAGACACGUGAGGAAUUACUGGAAAAACUCAAGAGUAUGUCCUUUGAGAUAGCCGGCGGUCAGGCGGUCAACUUUGAGGAGCUGUACGGCGAUCUGGUGGUCAGCUCCGCCGAUUAUUACGGCAAUGUCCAACGCCUGCUGGAGGUGAAGGCCAGCAAUCUCCGUGCGGAUCUAAUGCGGGAGUCCAGCAGCGUAAACUACUACCACGGCGUAACCGAGACCCCAAUCUACGAGACUGAAACCAAUCUAGUGGUGCUGCCGGUCAGCUAUAUGCAGCAUCGCUAUCUGUGGGACGACAUUUAUCCGACUGCUCUUAAGUACGGCACUUUAGGUUUUACACUGGCUCACGAGAUGGCCCACGGAUUUGAUGAUCUGAACCGUCUCUACGACAGCAAGGGAAACCUCAACGACAACUGGAGCAGCCAGACCAAGGUGGGUUUCGAGCUGAUCAAGAAUUGCCUAGCGGACCAGUUCAGUGGGAUGCGGUACGGCAACUUGCUAUUGCGUAGAUUGGAGUCGCAAGCAGAGAGUAUAGCGGACAAUGUGGGUAUUCGCAUUGCGCAGUCGGCGUACCGGAAAUGGUUGGAUCAAGUAAAGCUGGAGGAAACGGAAACCCUGCCGCACAUGACGCAGUUGCCGGAUCAGCUUUUCUUCCUCAGCGCAGCACAGUUCAUGUGCUCCGAUAUCUAUCCAGAAAGGCGUGCGAGCUUCGUCCGACACAACUUCCAUCCGCCAUAUGAGGCCAGGGUAUUCGCCAUGAUGAUCAACAGCCCAGCCUUCGCCGAGGCAUUCCAGUGCAGCAACUCGACCAAAAUGAAUCCCCCAAACAAGUGCCUGAUGUAUUGAGAUUUCCCAUGUCUAGCUGAUUACGCGUAGAUGUACAUAUAUGUACUGAAUAAAAUUGUUCCGCUUCCCAAACAUUGGGGCACACACUCA